UCAUUCACACACUUCCAUCCCAGCUAAAUUAUGAGUUUGGGGUUAUUGAAUUGAAUGUCUGAAGUUUUUCCUAUAUUUCCUGCAGGCUCUCUACUGUACGGUGCUGAUUAAUCUAAACAGUAAAAUUAGGAUACAAGUGUCCAUGGCUUAAUCAGUACUGUCACAUGUGUUGUUUAUCCCACACUUCGAGAGACUUCGUUUCUCAAAAAAAACAACAAAAAAAACCCAGCUAAACCGGUUUGUCUUAUAUAGCCUAGGUGUGUAAAGGACUGAAGGCAGGUCGAGUUUAUGCAGAUGUGUGUCGAGCCGUUGGUGUUUGGUGACAUGUUUGUACUCGGUGGGCUGCGAGCUCCCGUGUCAUUAAUGUAAAAGGGCUGGAGCUUCAUCUCGAUGCGUUUCCUCCUGUGUCGGUAAUGUAAAAGGGCUGGAGCUUCAUCUCGAUGCGUUUCCUCCUGGUCUAUUCAGCGACGCGCCGAGUGGGUUGAGCUAAAUGUCAACGCAAUUACUUACCAGAUACAAGCAACUGCGCUACCGAUUAGUCGCUGUGAUGGAAGAACAGGAAACCCGAACCGGAGUAAAUGUGGAUAUACACGAAUGACUUGGACAAAUCGUUUAUUAUUGACAUCACUUAAAGAGCUGUCGCCAUGACAAUGAGACGGAUAUUUUUACUCAGAUGCUCUUUAUCGCCAUAAGCUCAGUAAAUGAUACAUUUGAUGCUUUCAGGGACAUAAUGUUGCUGGCCUCGGCCGCGGUGGUAUGGGAAUGGCUGAACGAACACGGCCGCUGGAGGCCAUACAGCCCGGUUGUGUCUCAUCACAUCGAGACGGUGAUCCGAAGCGAAUCCCGGGGAGGGAGCGUCGUGUUAGGCCAAGCCGACAGCCGCCUCGCGCCUUAUAUCAUCGACCUACAGUCGAUGCAUCAGUUCAGGCAGGACACAGGUACUUUACGGCCGGUACGCAGAAGUUUCUACGACCCAGGUUCAGCACCAGGUCAGGGCUGGCUGUGGGAGUGGGAGAAUGAUGCAGGUUCUUGGACAACAUAUGACAUGGAGGUGUGCAUCGCCCUGCAGGCAGCACGGGAUCGCCAACAGCAAUGGUUGGAUUUGGCACCACUUGGCUUUUGCUACCUUGUGGACUUUCAAAGCAUGACUCAGAUCAAUCAGCAAACCCAGAGACGCCGGCGCAUCCAGAGACGCUCAGACAUGGCCUAUCCACUCGUCUCUGGGCCAUUGCCAAAAGCCACCCAAGGAUGGGGCUCUGGGCCUGGAGGGGCAGCUGGUGGUGGAGGCACUGCAGGUGGAGGUUCAGCUGGAGCACUUUUGGGAGUUGGAGUUUCUGGCACUAGCACCAGUGAAAAUGGUGGUCCACUCUACCCUAGUGGAACACUUCCUAUGUCCUCUCUUUCCGCUCCUGGACAGCCUUGUGCCUGCCAACAAUGUAUGCUUGUCUUGAGUGUGAAAGCAAAUGCCAUGGCAUCUCAAACGCUAGGACGCAGAAUGCCCCCCACAAAAGCACUCAGUCCUAAAUCCAGUCGAGGGUCACUUCCAUAUUCUGCUACAACUUCAUCCAUAUCAAAUUCAUACUCACAAACACUGCCUCAUGGGUUGUCCUUGAACCGUUCCCUCUCACAAGAUCGCAAGAAUGCUGCUGCUUUUGCCCAGUCUUUGUCCAUGCUCACCUCUAACACUGCCAGUCUUUCACUGUCAUCCAAUCGCCCACCUCCUCCAUCAUUGCCCCCUCCACCACAUCCACCAGCAUCCCAUCAGCAGUCUUUAUCCAUGCCAAACAACACCACAACAUCAUCUCUAUCAGUGCCAACUGCAACACUCAUCACUGUGGCCUCAAGCAGCACGUCAUGUUCAUCCUCAUCAUCAGCAUCAACAGCUGUUCCACCUCAGCGUUCUGCAGCGUGUGCUGCUCCUUUGCCCCCUCGUGCCAGUCUGGCAGGGCUGAGCCGGCCAGCACUACAAAGAAUUGCCAUGGCACAAUCCCGGGCACUCAUCGCCUCUGGUGUGCCAACAGUGCCAGUGAAGAACCUCAAUGGUUCCAGUCCCAUCCAUCCAGCUUUAGCAGGAAUCACAGGUAUUCUGAUGAGUGCAGCGGGGCUGCCUGUUUGUUUGACUCGUCCUCCAAAACUGGUGCUGCAUCCACCUCCCGUCAGCAAAAGUGACAUCAAGCCAAUCCCCGGACUUGGACACUGCUGCCGGAAAACCACCAAAAAACAGGCUCGCAAAGGCAAGACUCCAGAGGAGGUAGUGAAGAGAUACCUACAGAAAGUCAGGAAUCCUCCUGAAGAGGACUGCACUAUCUGUAUGGAACCUUUGGCUGGCCCCUCUGGUUAUAAAGGUCCAGGUGUGGGUGCUGUAUCCCGUGCAGAGUCAGUGGGUCGACUGACACAGUGUGGCCACCAGUACCAUCUACAGUGCCUGGUAGCAAUGUACAACAAUGGGAACAAAGAUGGCAGCUUGCAGUGCCCCACAUGCAAGACGAUCUAUGGUGUGAAGACUGGCAACCAGCCACCUGGGAAGAUGGAAUACCAUGUCAUUCCUCACUCACUCCCUGGACACCCCGACUGCAAAUCUAUUCGCAUAAUAUACAACAUACCACCUGGCAUACAGGGUUCUGAGCACCCAAACCAAGGGAAACCUUUCACAGCAAGGGGAUUUCCACGCCACUGCUACCUUCCAGACAGUGAGAAAGGAAGGAAGGUUUUGAGACUUUUAUUGGUAGCAUGGGACAGGAGGCUGAUCUUCUCAGUGGGUACAUCUAGCACCACGGGCGAGUCAGACACAGUUAUCUGGAAUGAAAUCCACCAUAAAACUGAGUUUGGCUCCAACCUCACAGGCCAUGGCUACCCUGACCCUGGCUACCUGGACAAUGUUUUGGAGGAACUAAAGGCCCAAGGCAUGACAGAGGAAGAUGGACAACAGCUGUGAAGAACAGAAAUGGCAAGGAAAGAGUAUAGAAUUCAAACAAAGGCCUGAACUAUAUAAAGUGGACAUGAAAUAAAUGAGGAGGAUAACUAGACACCUAGGCCUUUUUGUUGGGUUUUGGGAAAAGCAAUUUCUGAGACACAAAGUGUGUGCGUGUGCAAGCAUGUGCAUUCAAGUGGGAGAUUGUUUUUUUAAUUAACUGGGGUGGGCGUUUAAGAACUGACAUGACCUUUUCUCAGUUGUGGACCAAAUGUUACACAUACAUGAUUGAGGGCUGUGGUUUGACUAAAUCAGGCAUUAGUGGCGCUCUAAUUUGUUGAUUGAUACUGAUCAAUAAAUUUGCAGCACUAAUGCCAAUAAUCUUAGAAAAGAGUGUUGUAAGAAAGAAAAUGAAAAAAGAUCAGCAACAGAAGGAAAAUAAGAAAGUAGACUGGACAGAGGGUUUGAAAAUGGACAGGAAGGUUAACUUGUGGUAGGGAGCUUAAGAAGAAGAAUGAUAAUAAGAAUGGCCAAAGAAUGUAGUUUUAAUUUCAUAAAGUAAUAAAUUAGGUACCUGUUUUGGUAGAGAUAUAGUAAAGGUGUGUGCUCACUUGUGCGAAGUUGAGAGGAAAGCCUUGUGCCCUCAAAAAUAUUUUUUUUAAAAACAUUCCUUAUUAUGACCAUUUCAUAUGAUUGAGUUAUUUAACCUGAGACCUGAGUGCUUAACUUGUAUCAUGAUUGCUGUUAUCAUGUAAUACCAUUCCAUGUGUUAGAAAUUAUUUUGUAUAAUUGUAUCAUGUAAUGCAUUAUUUUUUUAAAUGUCAUCGAUAAUAAUACAUGGGUGUGGCUCUGUUGAGUGUUGAGUCUGUCAAACUACCCUGUCAAAGAGCUGUAAACACCUACGGUGUAGUUUCUGUAGUAUAAGAGAAUGCUUAGCGUGGACUGAAAAGUGACUGAAAAGAUUUUUGUUGGUAUUGAUUUUAAAAAUCAAAUGUCCUUUUCAGUCCAGGUUUACACAUAUUCUUGUUAGCCCUAAUUUCUUCAUAUCAAAUAUAUAUCAAUGCCUCAUUAAGGUAUUGGGUAUGGUUAAAAUGUCCUGGCUUUUCAUAGUGAUACAGUGUUAAAGGACAAAGUUUCAUAUGAUAAAGCACAUUGGAAGACUUUAUUGUGUUCAAUGUUUUUAUAGUAGAAGAGUCCUAGUCCAUUAUGAGGGAAGAAUGGAAGGUCAAAUCAACUUUAGCAGCAGAAAACAACAAUAGAUAGUUCAAAACAGUAAUACACUAAAUUUCCAAAAGUAUGUUGACAGCUGACCAUCACACACAUUGGGUGUUCUCUAAACUGCUGCCAAAAAAGCUGGAAUUGUCUAGAAUGUUUUUGUAUGCUGUAGCAUUAUGAUUUCCCCUCCCUGGAACCCAAGGACACAGAUCUGUUCCAUCAUGAUUGUGCCCCUGUUCUUAAAGCAAAGUCCAUAAAGACUUGGUGUAGAAGAACUUGAGAGGACUGUGCAGAGUCCCGACCUUAACACCACUGAAAACAAUUAUGAUGAAUUGGAAUGCCAACUGCACAAACCCCCUCAGUUAAAACCUUUUUUGACCCACCCUAAUUCUCCUGUGGGUGAAUGAGCACAAAUCCCUAAAGCCACGCUCCAAGAUCUACUGGAAAGCUUUCCUAAAAGAGUGGAGGCUGUUAUAACAGCAAAAUGGCAGUAGGGUUUGUUAAUCACUCUUAAUUUCCAUAGAUUUUGAAUUGGCAUGUAUUUUGACAGAUGCAAAUCUGGACACCCUUAAAUUUCAUAUUUAAACCUGUUUUCUAGAUUCAACUCUGAAUUGGUGGGAUCUGUUUGCAGUUUAAUUCAAGUGUGGCAUCAGAGGUGAUUCAGAUUAAAAGAUGAAUUUGGAUUUUU